GUGUGCGGAGACACGGUCAUGUGACCUGGCUGUCUCCGUUGUAUAAAUUCACCUCUGUCUGUUUAGUCAGCCCUUCUCUCCCCACGCAGAGCAGCAGUCCUUGAGUUUGAGCUACCGCAGCAGUAGCUUAGACCUCUCCUCUCAGCCAUGGCAGAUCAGGCAUUUGUGACACUGGCCACCAACGACAACUAUGCUCGAGGCGCUAUGGUUCUGGGCAAGUCUCUUCGUAACCACAACACCACCAAGAAAUUGGUGGUACUUGUUAGCCCACAGGUGUCGACUCCUUGCCAGUCUGUGCUGAAGAACAUCUUUGAUGAGGUGAAAGUUGUGGAUGUUUUGGACAGUGGUGACACAGCUCACCUGGCUAUGAUGAAGAGGCCUGAUCUGGGUGUCACAUACACAAAGCUCCACUCCUGGACCCUCACACAUUACUCGAAAUGUGUUUUUAUGGAUGCAGACACUCUGGUGCUGUCAAAUAUAGAUGAGCUCUUUGAAAGAGAGGAAAUGUCAGCUGCUCCAGAUCCUGGCUGGCCUGACUGCUUUAACUCUGGCGUGUUUGUUUUUCGGCCCUCUGUGGAGACGUAUGGCAAACUACUUCAGUAUUGCACAGAACAUGGCAGCUUUGAUGGGGGAGACCAAGGUGUUUUGAACGGCUUCUUCAAUGACUGGGCAACAGCUGACAUCUCAAAGCAUCUCCCUUUCAUUUACAACCUCAGCAGCAUAGCCAUCUACACUUACCUUCCAGCAUUUAAGCAAUAUGGUGGAAAUGCUAAGGUGGUCCACUUUCUUGGGAAGACCAAGCCAUGGAGUUAUACUUUCGACUGCAAAACUAGACAGAUUUCUGGAGGUGUGCAAGAACCAGCAACACAUCCCAGCUUCCUCCUGAACUGGUGGACUUUGUAUGCCAGCAGUGUGGUGCCAAUGCUGCAGGAACAGCAUGGAGAUCAGCCGUUUCAUUCUGGAUGUGUGGAGUCAAAGCACAGUGACUUGGUCACUUGUGAGACUGUCCAGGGAGAAGGUGGUUCCUCACCUGCACAGGCUCUCCAGGCCAUGCCAACAUCAGAAGAACGAAAGGAGCAGUGGGAGCAAGGCCAAGCAGACUACAUGGGAAUGGACUCAUUUGAUAACAUCAAGAGAAAGCUUGACACUUUUCUCAAAUGAAAAGCAAAUGGGGGGUGGGGGGGGAGAGAAUAUAAAGCACUUGCAGUCUAAAUGGUCGAUGUGUUAUUUCAAUUAUGUAAAUGGGUUGCAGGCUUGCCACUCUGUCCCUUCACUGGCACUGUCACCAUUGUCCAAAGAACACAAAUGUCAAUAAGAAAAAUGACCUUAACUGGUUUUACAAUUCUCAGUCACUUUAGUUUACCCUGUUACACUGGGGGGAGAAACAAGGUCAAGUUUGUAAUGGCAUGUACUUUUUAAGGUAGAGAAACUUUAGAAUAGUAUGUCUGUAUUUUGUAAAGCAACAAUAUUAACAUUCACUUUUUUUUUUCUUUCUUUUUUAAACACACUGUCAACAAUUGGUUGCUUGUAUGAAAAAGUUGACUUGUUAAAAAGGUUCCAGGAAUGUUUACAACACUUACAAAAGGCAAUUUAUCAGAUUUUAUAUCAUGCUUUGUGCUUUCAGACUUGGUCAUCUUACUGUCCAUUCUUGGCUAGCUGCUUUCCUGUAAGUCAUUGGGUUGAGCUGUAAUGACUUGUACAUGACCAGGAUGUUGGUUGUGUAUUUGUACUUCAUCUGGAAACAUUAAAUAAAAAUUAAGUCUUUG